GAAAACUGGGCUAGCAUGUGGAGACAGCACCUGUCAGACGUGUAGCUCAUUUCCAUACAUAUUUAAAGCAGACACUUCACUGAAUACCUUCGUUUGCCCUGUAAGCUAAGUGAAACACUCUGGUAGGGACAAACAGCAGCAUGUCGGUCGACAGCGUGUUUAGGACCCGCUCUCUCGGCGUGGCCGCGGAGGGUCUUCCUGAUCAGUAUGCCGACGGCAAAGCAGCGAAAGUCUGGGAGCUGUACAUCGGAGACACGCGGAGUAGGACACAGGAGUACAAAAGCUGGGUGGUGUCUUUGCUGAAAGAGCAAGGGGUGCGGAGAGUGCUGGAUGUAGCCUGCGGAACAGGUGUUGACUCCAUUAUGCUGGUGGAGGAGGGGUUUAAAAUGGUGAGCGUGGAUGCCAGCGACAAAAUGCUUAAGUAUGCACUGAAGUCCAGAUGGGAGAGAAGAAAAGAAGCAGCGUUCGACCAGUGGGGUACUGCAUUUUUCAUUUGGUUAAUGAUUGAAGAGGCCAACUGGUUGACGUUACCAGAGGAUAUUCAGAAACCAGGGGAUGGCUUUGAUGCUGUUAUCUGCCUUGGCAACUCAUUCGCCCACUUACCAGACUUUAAAGGGGACCAGAGUGACCAAAAGUUGGCCCUUCACAACAUUGCCAGUAUGGUGAGACCAGGUGGGAUCCUCAUCAUUGACCACCGUAACUACGACUACAUCCUAGAGACUGGCCGGGCGCCACAAGGCAAAAAUAUCUACUAUAAGAGUGAUCUAACUCAGGACAUCUCUACUUCGGUGCUGUGGGUCAACAAUAAGCCCCAUAUGAUCACUCUGGACUACACCAUCCACGUGCCCCAGGCCACCGUCCACAAUCUCCCUGAAGUCAGUAAAUUCCGUCUGUCCUACUACCCUCAUUGUCUGGAGAGCUUCAAAGCUUUGCUGAAAGAGGCCUUCAACGGCAAAAUGGAGCACAGCGUCUACGGAGAUUUCAAGACGUAUGUCCCUGGCCAGACCGAGGCCCCUUGCUACUUCAUCCAUGUCUGUAAGAAGACAGCCUGAGAGCCCUACCCGCCAACUUGCUACACACACACACACACACACACACACACACACUCACACUGCUAGGAAAAUAAUAGCUAUCUGCCCUCUUUAAAUGCCAACAUGCUCCCACAGUCCUCCAGAUUUGGGCAAAAUUAUACUUGUAUAUAUUUAAAAAAGAAUGUAUAUCUCUUUUAUUUAGUGUGAUGAGCACAUGGCCGCUAAAAUCAUCCUGAUAAUUUAUUACUUCAGUGUCCAGUGGUAAUACAUGAGCAUACUUAAGAGUGGGCGCGCCAGUAGACAGCUGAUGAUUAUUUAAGAAAACAUAUUGUCAUUGAUUUCCUCAUGGCCGGGAAAGUUUUCAUUUUCUCUAAUGAUUUUAAAAUGAUGUAUGCUAAAAUGCUAAAGCAACAGAGCAUCUUUGACUCUUCUAGGAACAAUUGGUUGAUUCCGAUCUCUCUUUUGACUUAAAACAUAGUGUGUUUCUUAAGCUCUCAACUAGUAACAGUCUUAAAAGGUCAAAACUAAUUUGCAAAAUAUAUUCCAAAUGUAUCGGACCACGGUUUUGCUCCCCUGCUUCCCCCUUCUCUGAACUUUGAUAUCCACAAUGAAGAUGUUUCAAAGCGGUGCUGUAUAUUAGUGAUAUUCCUCACGAUGGAAUACUUGACAUUAGUCGCCAGUAAUGUACAAAGUGCUGUAUUUAAAGACUCGAGUCUUUAAAUACAGAUAAAACUUCUGUGUUUUGUGAAUACGGUAGCCUUUCUUUUUUGUGUAUUUAUGAUCUGGAAAAGGAAAAAAGCUGAUCUCAUUCUGACCCACUGCCUUUCUUUAAGUCCAGGCAAAUCCUUGAUGACCACAGCACGAUGGAAGUUUGAAUUUUUCAAUUCAUUAGCAUUACAUUUAAGACAGUCCCCCCACUUUUUUUUGCCCAGUCGUAAUCAUGCCCAGUCACUGAUGUCACUUAAAUAAGACCAGAGAACAGCUGUAAUAAAGACUGUAAAUCCCCCUAACGCCUUGAAAUGCCUGGUUAACCUAUGUGGAGUCUCACACAGGUCAAAACAAGAAGCACCUGUGAGUGCAGUAAUAAUAAAUGUCUUUGACAACCUCACCAAAACCCUACCAGCUCCAGAGCUAAAUGACCUCUGAUCUCUCUGAAGCUGAAAAUCAAUCAAUAAUUUUUCACUAAAGCCCGCUCUCGAGAGAACGGGUCCUCAUAUUUGGAUGGAAUGUGCCUUUUUUGUGUAAGAAUUUAGGUUUUCUUUAACUGAUUUGUCUUAUUUUGUGGUACAAUGUAAGUUGACUUUAUUUGAGCCAAAAACAGCCAUUUCAUUUUCUGGUAAUUAUCAUUAAUGAACCUACAACCGGCCAGAAGUGAGCACCAUUAUAGGUGACAAUAAAUACCAAAGUUCUAUACCCCUAUGAGGAUUCAUCAGAAGCCUUUUAAGAUGCCAAUGUCAUUUCAUUUCAUUUCAAUUAGCUUUAUUGGCAUAAAUGUUAUGGUAAACUAUGUUUCCAAAGCACAAUGUCACUAAGCUGGGUUUAGCAAGCUGGUUAAAAAUGCAUUACAGCAAACCACUGCAUAAUUCAAUCCCAACACAAAUUGUGUUAUCAACCCAAGAUGUUUGAAAUGUGAAAUUGUUUUUUCUCAAUAUUUGAAUGUUUUAUCUAAAGUAGGACAAACUUGAAUGUUAUUCAAUUGUGUGCACAGUAUAUGUCUCAAAUAAUUAAGUUUACCCAAAUAAUGAGAGGAAGAUGAUGGAGAAACCAUUUACUUUGCUGUAUUAUCCAGGUUCAAAUACACUUUGCUUUGAUACCAAAUGGAAAAUGUGUUUUUCAUUGGAAUGAGAAAGGAGAGGAAUCAAAUAGUAUUACUGCCCUUGCUGUUUGCCCAAAAAAGAAUGCAUGGUGCAUUCAAAUGUUGUGCCAGUGCCUUUUGUAGACCAAAAAGUACGGUACACUGCUGUUUGUGAUUGAGAUCAAUACUAUGCGGGAAGAAUGGGUGAACAUUUGUGUGGGUUUGAAAGUUUAUGGAGAGAUAAAAGUAUUUGACAACAGUCAAAAUAUUUCCUAAUGAGCGAUGAAUAUUGGAAGGAUUUUGCAUGAAAUAAAUAAAAAAUCUAGAUAAGGAACCUGAUUGUCACAUUUUAAUUUUCACUGUCACUGAUAAACAGAAAUGUGCACACAGCAUAAACCUUUUAAAUAAACAAAAAUUUUUUCUGUGUCAAAUCCA